AUGUCCGACAAGUCACCUCCAACGGAUCUUCCCGUGCACUCAUUCUCUAGCACCAAUGAACUAGAAGCAUUUCUCGAGCGCGAGCAUACAACCCUAGAAGGGUUCUACCUAAAAUUUGCAAAGAAAGCAUCCGGAAUACCGUCAGUUACCACCGCAGAAGCCGUCGAAACAGCUCUAUGUUUUGGUUGGAUCGACGGUCGCGCCAACGCGCUUGACAAGGAUUGGUGGCUGGUACGUUAUACACCACGCCGGGCCAAGAGUAUCUGGUCCCAAAAGAAUGUCAAAACGGUCGGGAAGUUGGUAGAAACCAAUCGAAUGCGUCCGGCAGGGCUCGCGGCUGUGGAAGCUGCAAAGGCUGAUGGCCGAUGGGAACGCGCCUACGCCGGCCCCGCUACCAUAACCGUGCCCGAUGAUUUCGCGAUCGCUUUGAAUAUGGAGCCCGCUGCUGCAUCCUUUUUCGAGUCUUUGAAUAAAAGCGACCGGUAUGCUGUGUUGUGGCGCGUGCAAACGGCUUCUCCGAAGGCUCGCGAAAACCGAAUCAAGACACUAGUACAAACGCUACUUGAAGGGAAAUGGCCUGCUGCGCAAGUGGAAUCGGCAACCAAGCGCAAGGGAGCCUCUGAUAUCACGACAAAAAGUGGUGAUUCUACAAGCGUUGUGACUAAGAAACAAAGGCGAAGCAGUCGCCUUAGAGUGACAGAUAACGGGGACGCCGAGACAGAAAGAGCUUGA